AUGAGAUGUGGAUCACCCUUUGAAAGUUUAUCGACUUUGUUUCUGCUAAAACAUGAUGUGCAAGAGGUCUCCUUGACACUUCGGGUCGUUUGGUUUGAAUAUGAACCAAUUCUUGACCCUGAUAGUCCCACUAGUUUUUUACCUGCACCUGAUAUUAUUGAGUGUGCAGACCUAGAAAGAGAAAAUGUUGGUGUUGGUGAUAGUGCUAACAUAGAGAGGGAAUCUGUUGGAGUAGAGAAAAAGAGGGAGGCUGAUGUAGAAGAUGUUGGUGUACAAGGAGGUGAUGAGACUGAUGUAGAAGAUGUUGGUGUACAAGGAGGUGAUGAGGUUGAUAUGCAAGAUAUCCAUGUAGAAGAAAUUAACCUAGAAGAUUUUGGUGUAGAAGGAGGUGAUGAGGUUGAUGUAGAAGACAUUAAUGUAGAAGAUGUUAAUAGGCUAACAAAUGAGUUAUCAGGUUAUUUGAGUAGUGAUACAGAUCUUAGAAACAUUCCUUCAGAAGAUGGCUCAGAUAGUGAAGAUAGCGAAGAGAUAGAUGUAGAUGUUGUUAGAGGAGUAGAUCUACCUAGAAGAAAGAGAAGCAAGAAAACUAGGUAUGAUGAAAAUUGUGAGUUUUCUGUGUUUGAGCUUGGAAUGAUUUUUGCGAGUGCAAAUCAGUUUAGAAAAGUUGUUACAGAUUAUGUUGUAGAGUAUAGAAGGCAGGUGAAGUUAAAACCUAAUGAAAAACAUAGAAUAAGGGUGAAGUGCAUUGCAGCUAAUUGUAACUGGUUGCUGUUUGCUUCUACUAAUAGGGAUUCAGGUGAUUUUAUUGUUAAGAACUAUAACCCUAUUCACAAAUGUAUACCUCUAAACAAGAACAAGAUGUGUGAUUCAAAGCUAGUUGCUAGAAAGUUCAAGGACAGAAUAGCUUCUCAGCCAUACAUUAGGAUUUGGGAAAUUCAGGAUUUAGUAAGAGAGGUGUUGGGUCUUUAUGUAGGUAAAACUAUUUGUUAUAGGGCUAAACAGAUUGUUAUGAGGGAGAAUAUGGGAGAUUGGAAGCUGGAAUUUGCCAGAUUAUGUCACUAUGCAGAUAUGAUCAAGACAACAAAUCCUGGAAGUUCUUGUUGGAUAAAAAUUGACAAAGAAACUGAACCAGGAAAGAACCUCUUUGUUUAUUUCUAUGUGUGCUUUCAUACCUUUAAGCAAGGAUGGUUAGAUGGGUGUAGGAAAAUUAUUGGUUUUGAUGGAUGUUUUCUCAGAAGAGCUUGUAAGGGUGAGUUUUUGGUUGCUGUGGGGAAAAAUGGCAACAACCAUAUGUAUCCCAUUGCAUGGGCAGUUGUGGAUACUGAAACAAAACAUAGCUGGGACAGGUUCAUAAGGUAUCUGAUUGAAGAUCUAAAUUUGGGAACUGGUGAAGGCUUGACUAGUCUUGUUCCUAUUUUGAUGUAUCUGUUACCAAAUGCUGAGAGAAGAAUGUGUGUUAGACAUAUUUGGAGCAAUUGGCAUGUGCACUGGAGAGAAGAAGAGAGAAGGAAAUAG